AUGCUCAUCAGCUACAUCCACAUUUGUAUGAGAGAGACCUUUGAACUGUGCGGCUGCGUCCUCCCCCAUGACGACAGUGUCAAUGACCGGUCUGCUGGCAGUCGCCUGGAAAGCCGCUGGGAACAGACGCAGAAGACCUGGCAAGCAGAGUUUGGUGAGGUUGGCCCCCAGACCUCGGGCGGCAUGUUCCGAGGCAACGUGACGCUUCGAGAACGGGCUCUGCGCCCGGUGCAGCGACCGAUGCUGUGGACGCCCGCCAAGGGCGCCUUCCGUGUGGAGCCGCAGACCGAGUGGCGCCCCGCAGCUGACGGUACCGAGUGGCUGCACCGAAAGGACGCUUUGACGCCGCUCUCGCAGAGCAUCAACCGCUACUCCAAGACUGAUCACUUUAUAGGACAUGUCUGCCAUGGCAAGAACUGCCAUGGGAAGCACUUCAGCUACAUCGAGGUCUCGUCGAUCAGUGAUCAACCUCGCUGCUUGCCGUUGAUCACCGCGCACAGCAUUUCCCACGAUCAACUACCAGGGCCGCUGCAGGUGAGAUCCAAGAUACCUACUCUCAGCAAGAACUGCUUGGCCUACUUGCUGCGGGUCGCCUGCGAAGAUGUGGCCAUUGUGUUAGGGACUUGGUCAGGCUUCGAGAAGAGUUGGCGCAAAAGCAAAAGGAAUCCUUCAAAGCCUGGACGGCUGGACAUCAAGGUCUUCGCACUGAAGGCUGGCUCAUACUGCAACUUGCGCCAAAACACGAAUGACACUACAUCACCCAGCAGUUUUCAGAUGACUCUGAACGAGUUGCUGCUCAAGGAGCCUGAGCCAUUGCAGAACCAAGGAGUUGUUGGAUCGGUUCAAAUGCAUCUAGCCUCUGCAAUCAUCCAGCUGAGUGUGUUGUCUACACCCAGUGCUCUUGCCAUAGGCUAUGCAUUUGCCUUGACCUUUGCAUCCUUGCAUGUGGCUCUUCAACCGCGGAUGAGAUCAUCGCAAGCUCCGUCCUCUAAAACGAUGUACGCUCCCUUUUCAGUGGAUCAGCAGAAGUUUCACAUGCUCCAGUAUGCUGGAGGAGACACAGGGCAACAAAAACCUUCCAAAAGCAGCCGCAAAAGGGACGACUUCGAUGGCGCAGGAACAGGAUGUUCAACCCCGAUGGACGAUGAUUUCUACAACUAUCUCAUCUUCGAAAGCGCACUGCAUGACUCUGCUGACCAUGGUGAUUGUGGCGGCUGUGGCGGCUGUGGCAGUUGCGGUGGUUGUGGUGGCUGCGGUGGGUGUGGUGGAUGUGGCGGUUAA